AUGCCUUCACCAGCGCCCACCUUCAGCGCCGCCGGCUUCGACGAUGAUUCAUCCCCUACCUCCACCCCACCAUACCGCCAAAUCCGCGCCCAAUACACACGCAGCACAAUAACGGUGUACCAAGCGUACUCCGCUUCCAUCGCGGUUGCCGCAGUUUCAACGCAAUCCCUCGCCGCCUCACCCGACUUCUCGCUCUCGCGCAUGACCUGGAUCAAGCCGAGCUGGAACUGGAUGAUGUACCGGAGCUGGUACGGGCUCAAGGACUUGCGGCAAGCGCGGAUCCUGGCGAUCACUAUGGGGCGCGCGGAGUUCGAGGGCUUGCUGGAGCGCGCGUGUUGGGAUCCCGAGAGGGAUGUGGAGCUGAGGAGGUUGCCCUGGAGGAGCGUGCAGAUCGGUAUUGGCAGAGGCGUGUGUGCGGAGUGGAUCCAGGAUAUGAUCCUAAGGAUCGAGAUCAAGGCGCUCCUUGAUCAGGGCCGCACGGCGGACGCCGAACGCUUGGUCCCUGAGGAACGCCCGUAUCCGUUGCCGGAACGGCUGAGGACGCUGCUCCGGAUGGAUCAGAUAGAGUAG